AUGACCGGCCUCUCUCCAUCAUUGUGCUCGGCUCAGGCCUUUUCAUAUCCUCACAUACCAGGCGCUGAAGUGCUAUCAAUACAAGCUUCCCAAGUCUCAAAUGUAUCCGAAUACAUUCCAGAGUGGUACUAUUACAACCACGGCAGUGUGACAGCCAAAAACCUCAACUUCUGUAAUGUCACAGUGACCUAUAAACACAACGCCAAAAAUGACACCAUCAACGUCGGCGUUCUUCUGCCCAGCAACUCCUGGAAUGAGCGACUACAAGGAAUUGGAGGGAAUGGCUAUACAGCCGGGCUCUCAUCCAUAACAGCAUAUGGAAUGAUCGCAGCAGCUACGGAAGGCUACGUCGCCAUCUCAACCGAUGGCGGCCACACAAGCGACGACCCUGCCGACUGGGGUCUUCUGGAAAACGGAAUGCCAGACUAUGAUGCCAUUUAUAACUUUGGCAUUGCUUCUCUUGGCGAUGCUGCCAUCAUUGGAAAGAGCUUGGCAGAGAGUGUAUAUGGAUCGAAACCCAAAUACUCUUAUUGGACUGGGUGCUCACAAGGCGGCCGACAGGGUCUAGCGCUCGCCCAGCAAUAUCCUGAAGCAUAUGAUGGGAUUGUUGCUUCUGCCCCGGCAAUUCAUUGGCCACAACUGUCGAUUGGAGGAUACUGGGCUCAGUUCAUCAUGAACCAGCUCAAUGAAUAUCCACACCCUUGCGAGAUCGAAGCUGUGACGGACGCUGCACUAUCCACCUGUGAUAGCGCUGACGGCGUCGUGGAUGGGAUAAUCUCGGACCCGGACUCAUGUGUCUUUGAUCCGUUUGCUCUAGUGGGAACCCAAAUCAACUGUAGUGAUACUGGCUCUCAGUUGAGAAUCUCGGCAGCUACUGCGAAGGUUAUCAAUGCUACCUGGACCGGAGCACAAAACUCACAGGGCAACUUCUUGUGGCAUGGCUUCAAUCCCGGGACUAAAUUGACCGGAGAAAAUACCCCGGCAAAUACAAAGUGUGCCAACGGGACAUGCACUGCGGUAUCCAGCCAGCUGUAUGAUCGAUGGGCUCAGGUGUUUGUCGAGCAUAACUUGAACUUUACCCUGAGUAACAUCACACACCAAAAAUAUGACCACAUUUUCCGAAAGUCUGUCCAGCAAUGGAAUUCGGUCUUUGGGACGAAUAACCCAGAUCUGUCGAAAUUCCGUGACGCUGGGGGAAAGAUGCUUACAUAUCAUGGCUUGAUGGACGAGGUAAUUCCUCCAAACGGCACGAGGUCAUAUUACGAAGCGGUAGCUGGCGGCGACUCGAGUGUUCAUGAGUACUAUAAGUUGUUUGAAGCUCCAAUGAUGGGACAUUGCUUUGGCACCAAAGGAGGAUAUCCUUCUACUAUGUUCGACAGCCUUGUCGCGUGGGUCGAGUCUGGCAAUGCUCCUACAAGUCUUCCAGUGAAAUACUCCCCGGAAAAUGGGAAGACAUACGAUAGAAUCCUGUGCCCAUACCCCCAACGAGCGAAGUACAAAGGAACUGGGGAUAUAAUGUCUGCCGAUGCUUUUUAUUGUGCCUAA